GGGUCCUCCCGGGUCGCUGGGAGGCAGGCUUAGCAGCCCCGGAGGAAGAGCCGCGGCGGCGGAGGAGCUUCCCACUCGCCAUGCCCUACGCCAACCAGCCCACGGUGCGCAUCACGGAGCUGAGCGACGACAACGUCAAGUUCAUCAUCGAGAACACCGACCUGGCAGUCGCAAAUUCCAUCAGGAGAGUCUUCAUAGCAGAAGUUCCUAUCAUAGCUAUAGACUGGGUUCAGAUUGAUGCCAAUUCAUCCGUGCUACACGAUGAGUUCAUCGCGCACCGAUUAGGUCUGAUCCCGCUUACCAGUGAUGGUGUGGUUGAUAAACUGCAGUAUUCCAGGGACUGCAACUGCGAUGAAUUUUGUCCCGAUUGUUCGGUGGAAUUCUCCCUCGAUGUCCGGUGUAAUGAAGACCAGACGCGGCAUGUCACAUCUCGGGACCUGAUCUCCAACAACUCCCAAGUUAUACCGGUGACAUCCAGGAGAAGGGACAAUGACCCCAAUGAUUACGUUGAACCAGAUGACAUCCUGAUUGUCAAGUUGCGGAAAGGCCAAGAACUAAGGCUCCGGGCUUAUGCCACGAAGGGUUUUGGCAAGGAGCAUGCCAAGUGGAACCCCACAGCAGGCGUGGCCUUUGAGUACGAUCCAGACAACGCCCUGCGUCAUACAGUCUACCCCAAGCCUGAGGAAUGGCCGAAGAGUGAAUAUUCAGAAAUCGAUGAAGAUGAAGCCCAGGCACCCUAUGAUCCUAACGGGAAGCCAGAAAGGUUUUACUACAAUGUGGAGUCCUGCGGUUCUCUGCGUCCCGAGACCAUUGUUCUCUCCGCCUUAUCUGGGUUAAAGAAGAAGUUGAGCGACCUCCAAACCCAGCUGAGUCAAGUGAUCCAGAACGAAGUGCUGACAAUCAACUGAUCCUAGUUGACCGCUUGGAAACAACCCUGAUUUCUGGGAAAUGAUAAAAACAACUGGGAUCACAGGAGGGCCCGCCAAAUCCGAUACUUGGUGUUUUUCUCUUGCUAAUUUUGGGUCAAAACAGGCUUUCUUCCAAAUCGGUGGGGUUUUUUUUUUCAACCUCAGCCAUUUUAAAAUAUGGGGACUUCAAAUCCCAGAAUUCCCUAGCCAGCAUUGCCUUAGACUGCAAUGCCAUGUUGGCUGAGGAAUGCUGGGAGUUUGAACUGCAAACGUCUUAAAGCCGUUGAAGUUGAGAGACUCUUAAAUUGAGAAACAAUUUAGCUCUUCUAAAUUGCAUUCGGCAUUCUCUGACAAAAUAUUGGCCUUAGGUCAGAGAUGUCCAACCUUAUCAAUUUAAGACAUGUGGACUUCAACUCCCAGAAUUCCCCAGCCAGCCAUGCUGGCUGGAGAAUUCUGGGAAUUGAAGUCCACAGGUUUUUAAAUUGUCAAGGUUGGAGACCCCUGCCUUGGAUGUAAGAAUAUGCAGUUUGAGAAUAAAACCACCAAUCUUAUCUCUUGUUUCCUGUUUUUUUGUCUCUUUUGAGAUCUUGAAUGAAAGAUCUCCAGUUUGAAGAAAGUCCGUGUUACACAACAGAGGUUUAUCACAUAAUAAAAAAAUAAUUUCUGCUUUGAGAAA